AUGACAGCUCUUCACCAAGCCGACCGUGCUUCCAGACCAACGGUCUCCGAUGAUGAAGAAGUACCCGAUAGAGAUGAGCCUGUUUUCAAGGUGGAGUCUACAGGGGCUACGCUCACGCCGCUACUGGCGGACGCUCUUGCUCGCGAGAUCCUCAAUCGUGUCGAUUCAUCCUCCUACCGUGUCAAAGGACGAAAAGGUGGCAACACUAAACAUGCCUUUGUCGCAUUGACCAAUGACUCGUACGAUUUAAUUGGGUACCUUGCUGAUGGCUACCAGGUAUCGCCUAUCUACUGCGCCGGGUCUCAUCUGCAGGGCCAGACUUGGUUCAAUCGCCUGGACCAGGUUGGGUGGCUGGUUAUCGAGGGAGACACCGCCUAUCUGUACCCGUUAUUCAAAGUGACGCCAACAGGUGGUGACUACAUCAGCGCGAUCACCUCUACUUACUGUAGACCCAGUGCGCAAGGUGAUCCACUGCCGACGUGGUUGCUGGAGGACUUACUGAACAAAACGCCAAUCGAAUUCUAUCCCGCGCCUUUUCCAUUCGGUUACCCACCCCCUGUCUAUCCCCAGGCCGUCGCCCCCUCGAUGCCAAGUGUUGUCGCAGCAUAUCCCUUAGAUUCCCUCCAGCCACCGCUCCCUUUGAUGCUGUGUUUGUCCACUAUCGCCUCUGCCAGCGGCAUCGGCGAGUUCACAGAGCCAGAUGAACCAAACGAGGCGCCUGUGAUGCACAUUACGUUCGCUACUGGGGAAUCCAUCGCUGCCGGAUGGCCGGUAUUCCGCGUGAAUGUACGCCUGCUCUUAUCUUUUCUCCCUCCUAACCAACGAAAACAGCUAUCCAAGUCCCUCGAGAAUACAAAAUCGGACCUGAAGAAGGUAGUCAAAGGUGCGAUGUCACCGCUCACCAACUUCUGCGCCGAGGACGAGAUGCUAGAGAGGAUUACCUACUUCAUUUCACAUUUGGAAUCUGGCGAUGUCCAUCAAGUGCAACGGGCCAUUCAAGAGCUCACGGUACACCAAUUAUUCAAAGAGCUUCUCUGGGCGUCGCUUUUUCAGCCAAUCAAGAGGUUAGCGUAUGGAUACCAACGAUCACCUACUUUAUUUCACUUUUACGUACAUUCGGCAUUCCCAGUCUUGCACAAGGAGUCUUUCUGGGAUGGUUACAAGGCGUAUAAAAAUCCAUCUGCAGCCGACGCGCCGUCGCCUGCAUCAGAUGGUCAGGGUUCGAAAUUUCCGUCGCCCUUCCACCGUGCCCGCCGCCAUAUUUCACCGCUUUUACUCCUCAACAUGUUUUCCAUUGCCGAACGCUAUGCACCAUCUUCCUCUCUCCCGUCAUCGCUGCUCCGAGAGCCAACCCCGAUGUGGACUGCAGGCGAUCAGUACUUUAACGUUGCCAAGACACUUCUCGACAACACCUAUGCAUCUUCCUUGCCAAGCACCGUCCAAGCUCUCCUAUUACCCGGGUACCGAGAGAUUGGGAUUGGUGCCAUGGCCAAGCCUGGGUGUACACGGGCGGAGGAGAUGGAGUUGUGGACCACUCAUGGGUCGCUGCCGCCUGAUACCCGCGGACAUGGGUACCCGCCUAGUGCAGAAGUGAGGUGUUCAAUAACCGGACGCGUGCUAUCUAGCUUUAAUGCAUCUGCAAUUCUCUCGACCAUUCUUUCCAAGCUCGUACAGUCGAUGUAUGCCAUCCAUCUGGUGACUUCUCGGCACGCCGAGGCGGCGCAACUUGAGGAGCUGUUGAAUAAGUGGUACCUCGAUUUGCCCGAGCAUUUGCAAUUGAAGCAGGGCGCAACUGUUCCGCCCCAUAUUCUGACGUUGCACAUGCAAUAUUGCGAACCACGUUUCGAAGUCUCCACCAAUGCAUCUUCUGCCACGUCCUUCGGGGGUGUACCCCCUGCCCGUGAAGCUCUCAACAUCGCUCUGCUAGCUUUGCCCUUGGUACAGGGCGUUGCGGCUGCAAUUCCAAUUGCCGGCCCUCCGAUGCAAACCGCUAUUAGUGGAUUAUUGACGAUCCUUCAAGCCAUAGAUAGACGUAUUCAGAAUAAGGCGGACCUAGAUUGCUUGAAGGAAAGACUCCAUAGACUUAGCUGCUAUCUCUGGAACGCACCAACCGCUCAGGAUCCCUUUGAACAACACCGGAGGGAAUCCAUAGUCAGGAUUCUGCAAAAGACUUCUGCCCAGCUGACAAGUCUGUAUAAGCGUGGCCUUGCAUACACAUCCGUCACACAGGCUAUCGCCGGAUGCUCCACCGAAAUUGACCGCUAUCUGUUGGAGUAUAUCUUAUUCCCUACACUACCAACUUGGUUCACGGCACCUUUGCGAGCUCGUAAUAAGCGCUCAGAUUCUGUAUACUAUCCCAACGGCUCACAUCACCGCAUUGACAAACCGCCCUCGUCACAACCAGACAUCCCACCCUUGCCUCAUGAGAGUACAUCUCUGGGCGUUGCACCUACAUCUUCACCACCUUCCGCACUUCAUCGUCACGGGGAUCACCACUUUCGCAGAGCGAGCGACGUACUCGUCGUUCUGCGUCAGGCUCACGCCUCAUCGAGAAAUCGUCGGCUCUCGAUGCCCAGUAUAUUCUCGCGAGCCCGCACUACUUCGACAACAGGCAAGAAGCAACCCAGUGGCAACCACGACGGAUCUUUGGACAAGUUUGGGCGCGUAAAUAGUAGGAGUUCCGCCAAAGAUGUCGCCAUUAGCUCCCUGACCAGUACUCAAGGGAAUGUACAGCGUCGACGCAGCGCUCGUCUCUCCGGUCACAACCCCCACCCGCGCGAAGUUCUAAGCCCGGAUUAUGUCGGUGUCGAACUGGGUAUUGGCGAGAGCUUGCUCAUCAAAGCUAUCAGCGAGUCCACAGGACGGAGUCUUGCAACAGUCAAAGCAGACCUCAAGAAAGAAGGCGAUUUCGGGCUCGUGGCAAUGGUGCUCUGUCUUACUUGCCUUGACCAUGACCACGCGAGCUUACUUCGUUCGCAGAACUCCAAAAACAGUCAGAAGACACUCUUUAAACCCAAGCCCCUCACGGUUCCUUUUGUCUUCUCAAACCUACGGGAGAUCGCGUUGUCAUCCGGACAUUCGCUCCAUUACCCCCCGUCACAGUCCCAGGCAAAGAAGGUGUCGAUCAUUACGAAGCUCCUCGCUGCGUGUCAAGACUUCGAGGAGCUGGAUGAACUCGAGAGCUGGAUGAAGUUCGAGAUACUGGUAGACCGUUAUAAGCGCGAUAUGCAGGCACGAAUAUCUUUGUGGUGCUCACUUGCUGAGCUGGGGUGGUCUGUCCCUCCGCGGGAAGCAAUGUCGAAGGCAGAGCUUGUAGAGGAGGAGAGACUCUACAGGGCUAUGCUAGAAGCGCGACGGUUUGCCCCUGAGGAGGACCUAACGCUCAUGGCCGCGGUCAAGGUCAUAAAUCACACUCCUUUCGUUCCCCGUCUGCCAAAGGAUGUCCCACUCCCGCCAAGUCCCGCAGAAUCCACAAGUCCGCCACCCCCAGUGAAGAAGAAAACUAGAAAGAACAAGACGAAAGAGACAGAGAAGGAGAAAGUUAAGGAAGGCGUGCAGGGGACGAAGAAGCAGGGAGAGCAAGAGAGGGAGAAUGCGAAUGAACAACACGGAAGCGGGGUGCCACAACUAGAGCCACUAAAACCUCUGACAUGGACAUCCCAGACUGAUUCGAACUCCAAUUCACAUCCACCAAUAUUCACGAAAGACGGGAGAAUUAAGAUACAUUCUACAUCAUCUGGCAAGGUGGUUUCUACAUUACCGGGGCCACAGGAUGAUGGUCACCAGGAUAUCAUCACAUCUGCUAUCCUCAGUGCACACAAUGCGUUUCAACUCAUCACCGCUUCUUUGGACGGCACUCUCAAAAUUUGGGAUUUUCUCGAAGGCAUAUUGUUACUCGCGAUCAACCUCGAGCAACCUAUCCAUCACGUGUCCGCUCAUGCAAAGAUAAAAGAUUACGUUUUUGUUGCCACUGCAAAAGCGAAGAAGGGAAGCGGAAAUGCUGAUGAGCAGCCAAAACAGAACCGGUCUGCGAAGGCUCCAUCAGAAGAGAGCUGUAUCAUCUUACGUGUGUCACUUAAGCCUCAAAAUCCCGCUUUUGGCGCGAAAUGGCACAAGUCAUCUCAGGUUACACCAGUAGGCAAGACCCGGUACACAGCAGGGCUUGCAGUAUCUGCAAGCGGUGAAUGGCUGAUUGCGGUCGCGGGUCACAAAGCCUAUGUUGCACAAGUUUCUGCAUUGAAGUCUGGAUUUACAAAAUACGUUUCAACCGAUGCAUUGACAUGUUUGGCGGUCCAUCCAAUAGAGGACUAUUUCGCGACGGGAGACGCAAAGGGUAUCGUGCGGCUAUGGUACUGCUUAAACCAGAGCAGGCCAGUAGUUGCUAACGUAGAAAAGCGAUCGCAAACCUCUAUGCUUCAUUGGCAUGUCCAUGCGAUUUCAUCUAUUGCGUUCACCACGAACGGAGCGUAUCUGCUAUCCGGCGGUGAAGAAGCUGUUCUCGUGAUAUGGCAGCUGCACUCUGGAAAGAAGGAGUUUGUACCCCGAGUUGGCUCGGCCAUCAAAAGUGUUGUGGUCUCGCGCGGUUCUGCUGCUGAGGAAGAGUACCUUCUUGGGUUGGCGGAUGCAAGUUUUGCAUUUGUCAGUUCUGCCACGCUCGAGCUAUCACGAGUUUUUUCUCGCAUAAAACUAGACUCCGUCACGUCAAGUGCCUGGGCAUCCUCGUCCUCCGCCACACCACUUGCAGUCCAUUCGUUAUCAUCAACACUCGUUCUUCCCUCUUCUCAUCCUUCUUCACUACAAACCUACUCUCCUUCGUCAUCCAUGCUCGUUGCAGAGCUCGAGGUGUCACCUUCGAACCGAGUGUCAAAACAAGAAGACAAGAUGUUGGAGCCAUCGCGAGUAGAACGUGUGGUAAGCUCGCCGUCAGGAGAGUGGAUGGCGACUAUUGACCGGCGAGAAGGGAACGAGUCAUUCCGUGGCGAGAUAUACCUCAAGAUAUGGUGGUGGGACAAGAAAUUUGCUUUUUGGAUAUUGAAUACCAAGCUGGUGACUACUGGUGAGGAUAGAAAUGUCAAAACUUGGAGAAUACGGAGUAUCAAAGAUAAGAAGGGCAAUGUAGAAGUUUCCUGGACCUCAAGAUCGUCUUUCGGUUUCCGUUCUGAGAUGCCCAGAGACUCGGCUUGGUCACCGGAUGGCCCUCUUCUGGCUGUUGCGCUCGACGCCUCUGUGGCGUUGUAUGAUUCAAUAUCAAACGCACUUCACUUCACUAUAGUGUGUUCGGAAUGCCCAAAAAUAUCGUCCAUACACUUCAUUGGGCAUCAUGGCCAGUAUAUUGCGGUCCUUGGCGGCUCCAACCUUGUUGUCCGUGAUGGAAGACGCUCUACGCGUGGUGCGUGGUGAGAAGAGCACGUCUUUAACUCCAGUACUCUGUAUUAUAAUCAUUAUGCUACUUUGUAUAUACAUUUGUUAGAAGUUAACGUGAAUCUCAUCCCUGGCUACACGAGACAGACUCGCUGAAUCAAUAAUUAAGACAUGAGUUACACCGGUUCAACGUGGUACCUACAGGUAGCGGGUGACCGUUGGAGUAGAAAGAUUGACAAGGCAUUACCGUGGACAUGUCACAACUGUCAGCAAUGACCAUUUUGUGUCAGUGUUACGAGGAUUUUGCAGACCUUGAUUGCCGGCUGAGUAAUGUUGCGAACAGCCAUCGCAAAGCCAAGUGCAGGCAGUAGGUGACCACUUUUUUGGAGAGAUGCUGGACAUUUUUCAAUAGUUUAUCUACAAUGUAUCGUAUUUAUGAGACAUACAUGUCUUCAUCGAUAUUAGAGUCUUCUUGCAAUUUCUCGUCAUUCUGUGCAAUCGUGCCG